AUGGAAUCUGGGAGAAGGGGAUGGAAUCUGGGAGAAGGGGAUGGAAUCUCGGAGAAGGGGAUAGAAUCGAGGAGAAGGGGAUGGAAUCAGGGAGAAGGGGAUGGAAUAUGGGAGAAGGGGAUGGAAUCGGGGAGAAGGGGAUGGAAUCAGGGAGAAGGGGAUGGAAUGUGGGAGAAGGGGAUGGAAUCUGGGAGAAGGGGAUGGAAUCUGGGAGAAGGGGAUAGAAUCUGGGAGAAGGGGAUGGAAUCAGGGAGAAGGGGAUGGAAUCUGGGAGAAGGGGAUGGAAUCUGGGAGAAGGGGAUGGAAUAUGGGAGAAUGGGAUGGAUUCUGGGAGAAGGGGAUGGAAUCUGGGAGAAGGGGAUGGAAUCUGGGAGAAGGGGAUGGAAUCUGGGAGAAGGGGAUGGAAUCUGGGAGAAGGGGAUGGAAUCUGGGAGAAGGGGAUGGAAUAUGGGAGAAGGGGAUGGAAUCUGGAAGAAGGGGAUGGAAUUUGGGAGAAGGGGAUGGAAUCUGGGAGAAGGGGAUGGAAUCUUGAAGAAGGGGGUGGAAUCUGGGAGAAGGGGAUGGAAUGAGGGAGAAGGGGAUGGAAUCGGGGAGAAGGGGAUGGAAUCAGGGAGAAGGGGAUGGAAUCUGAGAGAAGGGGAUGGAAUCUGGGAGAAGGGGAUGGAAUCUGGGAGAAGGGGAUGGAAUCAGGGAGAAGGGGAUGGAGUCUGGGAGAAGGGGAUGGAAUUUGGGAGAAGGGGAUGGAAUCUGGGAGAAGGGGAUGGAAUCUGGAAGAAGGGGGUGGCGUCUGGGAGAAGGAGAUGGAAUGAGGGAGAAAGGGAUGGAAUCUGGGAGAAGGGGAUAGAAUCUGGGAGAAGGGGAUGGAAUCUGGGAGAAGGGGGAUGGAAUGAGGGAGAAGGGGUUGGAAUCUGGGAGGAGGGGAUGGAAUCUGGGAGAAGGGGAUGGAAUCUGGCAGAAGGGGAUGGAAUCUGGAAGAAGGGGAUGGAAUCUGGGAGAAGGGGAUGGAAUCUGGGAGAAGGGGAUGGAAUCUGGAAGAAGGGGAUGGAAUAUGGGAGAAGGGGAUGGAAUCUAGGAGAAGGGGAUGGAAUCUGGGAGAAGGGAAUGGAAUCUGGGAGAAGGGGAUGGAAUCCGGGAGAAGGGGAUGGAAUCGGGGAGAAGGGGAUGGAAUUAGGGAGGAGGGGAUGGAAGCUGGGAGAAGGGGAUGGAAUCUGGGAGAAGGGGAUGGAAUCUGGGAGAAGGGGAUGGACUCUGGGAGAAGGGGAUGGAAUCUGUGAGAAGGGGAUGGAAUCAAGGAGAAGGGGAUGGAAUCUGGGAGAAGGGGAUGGAAUCUGGGAGAAGGGGAUGGAAUCUAGGAGAAGGGGAUGGAAUCUGAGAGAAGGGGAUGGAAUCUGGGAGAAGGGGAUGGAAUAUGGGAGAAGGGGAUGGAAUCUAGGAGAAGGGGAUGGAAUCUGGGAGAAGGGAAUGGAAUCUGGGAGAAGGGGAUGGAAUCCGGGAGAAGGGGAUGGAAUCGGGGAGAAGGGGAUGGAAUUAGGGAGGAGGGGAUGGAAGCUGGGAGAAGGGGAUGGAAUCUGGGAGAAGGGGAUGGAAUCUGGGAGAAGGGGAUGGAAUCUGGGAGAAGGGGAUGGAAUCUGGGAGAAGGGGCUGGAAUCUGGGAGAAGGGGAUGGAAUCUAGGAGACGGGGAUGGAAUCUGGGAGAAGGGGAUGGAAUCUGGGAGAAGGGGAUGGAAUCUGGGAGAAGGGGAUGGAAUCUGGGAGAAGGGGAUGGAAUCAGGGAGAAGGGGAUGGAAUAUGGGAGAAGGGGAUGGAAUCGGGGAGAAGGGGAUGGAAUCAGGGAGAAGGGGAUGGAAAAUGGGAGAAGGGGAUGGAAUCUGGGAGAAGGGGAUGGAAUCUGGGAGAAGGGGAUAG